GGGAGUGAUGUCGAUCGUGUAGCACAGCGUCACAUCGUCUUAUUUAGCACCUCAGCACACUCUUUCACCUGCGCUGGUCUUAGGCCCAAAUUUCCUCGAUAUUCUACGGCGUUGAGUACGAUUUGCUCCAUCCACCACCAUGUCGACAAGCAAAGACCCCGAGCUCGCAAAGGACGGUCUCGAAGUUACCGCCUCCCUCUCAUCGGGUAAAGCCCCAGGUCCCGUCCCAAUCGAGGGCACAACACACCAUUUACCGAAUUACGAGCAUGAAAAAGCUUUGUUAUGGAAGUUCGACCUACGCAUUCUGCCUAUGCUGGCGAUCAUGUACUUGGCAAACGCACUUGACAAAGGGAACCUAGGGAACGCAAAAACGGAUGGUAUGGAUAAGGAUCUUGGGUUCAAGGGAAAUCAGUACAACAUUAUGCUGAGUAUCUUCUACGUGCCAUAUGUCAUUUUCGCGCCACCCGUUGGUAUGCUGGGAAAGAAGUUUGGGCCGCAUCGCGUGUUACCGAUUAUGAUGUUUUGCUUUGGAAGUGCGACCUUGCUUGCUGCCAGUGUCCAGAACUGGGGUGGGAUGAUGGCGUUAAGGUGGUUUCUUGGCAUGUCUGAGUCUGCCUUCUUCCCGCUGGUCAUCUACUAUCUCACCACGUUUUAUCGUCGAGGCGAGCUUGCACGAAGACUUGCACUGUUUUACGCCGCAUCAAACAUUGCAAACGCAUUUUCCGGACUUCUCGCCUUUGGCGUUUUUCAUAUUCACUCAAAGCUCGAAUCGUGGCGAUACUUGUUUAUCAUUGAGGGGCUGUUCACAAUCGGCUUUUCAUUUAUCGCCUACUGGUACCUUCCAAAGAACUCCUACGAGGCCAAAUUCCUGAACGAAGCCGAAAAACAGCUCGCGUACACACGUAUCCAAAUCGACAGUUCCUCCGUCGUCGGUGAAAAGUUCGAUCUCAAAAGUGCCCUCACUAUCUUCAAGGAUCCUUCUACAUACGGCUUCCUUGCUAUUGAAGUCUGCCUUGGUGUUCCUUUACAGUCGGUUUCGCUCUUUUUGCCGCAGAUUGUUGGACGACUAGGCUACAACAAGAUUAAGACGAACCUCUACACCGUGGCCCCAAACAUUGUGGGAGCUUGUGUUCUCCUUAUUCUGGCUUUUGCUUCGGACCACACGCGUCUACGCUUCCCGUUUAUUGCCCUUGGCUUUCUUCUAACGUUCAUCGGCUUCAUCAUCUACGCUACGAUCGACGUCGAACACUCUCUCACGAUAGCCUACUUCGCCUGCUUCAUGAUGACAUGGGGAACAUCAGCACCCUCGGUCCUACUCUCCACAUGGUAUAACAACAACGUUGCCGAUGAGAAUCGUCGCGUGACGCUUACUUCGAUUGGCGUUCCACUAGCGAAUCUGAUGGGUGUAGUCAGUUCGAACAUUUUCAGGCCACAGGAUGCACCUCAGUACAUCCCGGCUCUGGCUACCACAGCGGCGUUUGGGGCGACGGGAUGUUUGUGUGCUCUGCUACUGGGAGCCUAUAUGAUUGUGGAUAACAAAAGGAGGAAUGCGAAGCAAGGUAUCAAUCUUAGCGCAAGGGACGUGUCGACUGAGAAACUACGCGAUGGACCUCGGAGUCCGGAUUUCAGAUGGUUCCUGUAA